ACGGGCGGGGAUUUGGGAGCGCGGGAUGUGAGCGGACUUUGCGCGAGCUGGGAAGUCUUUUCUUUGGAAGGCGCCUCGAGACCUCACGAUUUCAAGAUGAAUAUCUUCUGCUAGCUGCAAAUCAUGCGCGUGAUUUCAGCACCAGAUAAGGAUAGAUCCGUGAUGACAGAAAGCAAAUGUUUCCGGCAUUUCCACGUAUUGGAAACUAAUCCAUUCAAUAAAACAUUGAGCAGAAUUUCAGUUUUCUGUGUGCAGUCAAAUAAAAACUCCAAAGACGUUCAUUCACUCUUUGUGUGGUGAACACACCGGACGAAUAAACACGGGAGGCAAGCAAAGUGCAGCGCCGAAAAGUGGCAAAGACCUCAAAUAACCUUCCACCCCACAGUCGACCUCAGCAAAACGGACAGAUUAGAGCCCGUUUUGCAAGGCAGCGCGAUGCAAAGCAACGGCACGGAUUAAUUCUUAUAUGUGACUCAUAUUAUGCACUAUAGCAGGUUACAUUGUUUCGCGCGCAAAUGCGCGUAACGGUUUGGGGUUUUUUUGGAUGUCUGUGGAGAAACUUUGCCUCAAGCAUGGGGCACUAAAUCCAAAACAGGUUUUAAAUCCCCAACAGGGCUGCGAGACGAAUGAAGAAGAUGCGCGUUAGAAACGAAGGACACGCGGACGUCCCGGUUGCAGGACCGGCUCCGUUAUAACCGUUUUUAACGUAGUCCGGAGGAGGGAGAUGAACCCGAAUUUAACUCACUUAACUCCAGCUGUCCACUGCAUGUAUUCAAGACCUAUCCACUUUUGUGCACUGAUAACUGUUCUUUUAAAUUGCUUUUUAAAAAUCACUUUAUUGAAGUAAGGACGGAGGAAAACAGAACGAUACACACUAUUUUAUGGCUCAGAUCUAUUUAACGAAUAACAAACAGGCAUUGCGCCGUUUUCUCACUAUAGUACAUUUCACCCCCGUCAGCAAUACCAGCAUAGUGACAGCUGGAAACAGAGGGACAUUAGUGCCUAUAUUCCACUUCAUUCACCUUAUUGCUGCUAGUUCAAAGGGAAGAACCGUGAAUCAAUUCUCAGACUAAUCUCUCCUAUUGAUUUGCCCUGGCUAAUCAAUAUAAUGUUGUUUCUCAGACUACUGGCUAUUAUUAUUGGAGUCCUCCACGCGUGGCUGCUACACACCGCAAAGUCUGAUCACAUGCAGCGGUACAAACGGACUCUGGCACAGGGAGCAGACAGGUUCCAGGCUGCCACGGGUCAGGAGCAGUGCGGCACCGUCAGCCAGAAGCACCCGGCGCGCUCGGUGGGCCAGCACUACAUCCUGGCGGGCUUGGCGGGGCGUUACACCCGACUGACAGACCUGUGGCACAGGAUGGCGCUUACUGAGAGGUCCUGUGCAGGUGGAUGCGCCUCUGAGGGAGGUAUCGCCUCUGGACUGCCUGACAGACUUCUGCGGGAGAAACAUUCUCAGAAAGGACAAAGUGACACCUGGCCAGACAGGCCUAGCAGGUGGAAGGGCAGACAGAGCACACGUUCAAAACAUGACGAAGCCCUGGACAUCCCGCACCCGGACGCUCCCGGCGAAUCCUCCACUGCAGUGAGAGAGACAGGCACAGUUGGUCGACCCUUCGAAGGACAAUCGAACGUGACGGGCAUCUCUGCGCCGCCUCCACGGAGGGGAGAAUCUCACGGCUCGGAGGGGAGCGUGGCGUCGAGAAGGAUCCGUCGCAGCCCGCAGGACAGCGGCGGAAUGGGAGGGGAUCCAGAACGGAGCUCAGCCACCAGCACCCACCCCGCCUCCAGCUCCGAGGGGGACGAGGCCGACUCGGGGGAACCGGAGGGGCAGGCGUGGGGCGCGGACCGCCAGGACGCGCCCCUGCAGUGGAUGACGGCGCUGUACUUCAGCGGCCAGGGCGAGCGGCUGAGGUUGAACCCAGCGACCUUCGUGGAGCUCCCUCAUGCCGCCUUCACCGCCGAGCUGUGGGUCAAGCUCGAGGGAGGUCAGGACAACCCGGCCAUCAUAGCAGGUGUGUUUGACAAUUGCUCUCACCCGCCCAGCGAGAGGGGUUGGUCUAUCGGCGUCCGGACCCUGGAGCCCUCAGGGAGGAAAGACGGCCGCGUCUACUUCUCGCUCCGCACUGACCGCGCACUCAAGUCUAGCACUCUGAUGGGCCAGUGGCACUACCAGCCCGGCGCCUGGUCUCACGUGGUUGCCCGGUACGACGGCCACCGGAUGGCGCUGUUCGUCGAUGGAUCCAAGGUGGGAGAGGGCGGGCAGCAGGCAGGCGACCUGAACAGACCCUCCCUGCAAGGCUGCCGUGUGUUCUUACUGGGAGGGGGAGUGUCCGGCGCGGCGCGCGGCUUCCGGGGACACUUGGGCGGGGUUGUCCUGUGGAAUCAUGCUCGCGACCAGGAGGAGCUGUUUCAGAGGCACGCGCCCCGCGCCGAGCUGCAGCGCCCCCUGCUGGCGCUCUGGGCUGACUUCUCUCAUGCGGACCGGCUGCUGACGGCGUACAAAGAGCGGCGGCGCCCAUCUGUGUCCACCCUGCCGGCGCCGGAGAGCGAGCUGGUGUCCCCCUUCCUCCCGCCUGCCUGCGGCCUGACCGUGUGCGACAACCCGGAUGUCGUCCUCAGCUACGACCAGCACUGGCAGCUCCGGGCCAACAAGCGCGUGCGCUACCGCGUGGUGAACGUGGGCGCGGACGACGGGGGCCGGCCGGCCGUGAGCGGGCCGCAGAUCCGGAGGCAGCACCGGGCGCUUGCCGAGGCCUUCGGCCGCUACAACCUGACCCUGGAGCUGAGCGUGCUGAACGUGUGCAACUCCUCGCUGCAGCGGCGUUUCGUGCUCAGCAGCUGCUCCGUGGCCAGGGUGGGCAACCGCCACUGUGACCCCGAGUGCGACCACCCGCUCACGGGCCGCGACGGCGGCGACUGCACCCGCCUCGGCCCCUGCUACAACUGGAUGCGGGGCGACGGCUCCUGCGAUGCCGCGUGCAACGGCAUCCGCUACGACUACGACGAUGGCGACUGCUGUGAUCCGGACGUCACCGACGUCACGAGGACCUGCUUCGACCCAGAGUCGCCUGACAGGGCAUACCUGAGCGUCAAAGAACUGAAGGAGCUUCUUCAUCUGAGCAGCUCGGAUACACUCAACGUGUUCUUUGCCAGCUCAGCUCGAGAGGAGCUCGCCGGCGCCGCCACGUGGCCCUGGGCCAAGGAAGCCCUUACACACCAAGGAGGAAUGAUUAUGAACCCAUCCUACUUCGGCACUCUGGGACACAACAACACCAUGAUCCAUGAGCUGGGCCAUAUAUUUGGACUGUACCAUGUCUUCAAGGGGGUGACGGAGCGGGAGUCAUGUGACGACCCGUGUCAGGAAACCAUCGCAUCUAUGGAAACGGGAGACUUCUGCGCCGAUACGGCACCCACCCCAAAGUCCAAAGCCUGCCGAGACCCGGACCCGGUGAAUGAUACGUGCGGACUGGCCCGAUACCAUGACACACCCUACAGCAAUUACAUGAGCUACACAGAUGAUAACUGCACUGACCACUUCACACCAAAUCAGGUAGCUCGCAUGCACUGCUAUAUCGAUCUGGUGUACAAGAACUGGGUGCAUGGCAGAAGGCCCGCCCCUGUUCCUCUCGCUCCUAUCGUGAUUGGCCAUGAUGAGGACUCCGUCUCCUUUCAUUGGCUGCAUCCAGUCAGUGGUCCAUUAAUGCAAAGGGAGGAGGGGGUGAAUUGUCAGCUGUGUGACGUGCAUGGAGUGCUCCACCAGUAUGCUUCGGAGGCCAGUUCCCCUCAUGUCUGUGACACCAGUGGUUACUGGAGCCCCGAAGAGGCUGUAGGUCCUCCUGACGUGUUCCUGCCCUGUGAGCCCAGCAUGCGUACUUGGAGCCCUGAGUUCAGUUUGUUCGAGGCCAAUGUCAGCACACCGUGCCCCCCGAGUGAAGGCUGUGUUCUGCAGUUACACUUCCAGCAUCCUGUGGUCCCUGACACCUUGACGGUGUGGAUCACCUACAUCUCCACCAGCAGCCCAGCUGUCUCCACCCUGGAGUUUAUUCUGGAGUCGGGCGAGUCGGUCAGCGCCGGGUCCUUCCACUCCUUCUGCGACAUUCCUCUGACAGUGCAGGCCGGCAUCAGCGCCAGGGUGAAGGGCGUCAAGAUCCGCACCUUCGACAGGAAGCUGGAGGUGGACGCUGUGCUGCUGACCUCGCGGCCCUCCGAGCUGCUCUGCUCGGGCUGCCGGCCGCUCCUGUACCGCGUGGUCAGGAAGCCGCCCAUCAGGGAGGUCUGGGGGCCGAUCGUCCUCACGGGGACCACAUUCACGGACAGUGAUGUCCGUAGAGGGGAGCUCUAUGAGUAUCAUAUCCAGGUGGAGGCUGAGGGCUUGUUGAGUGAACUCUCCCCUCCGCUGAUAUACACACAUGGCCAGUCUUACUGUGGAGACAGCCUACUGCAGGGAGAUGAGGAGUGUGACGAUGGGAAUCUCUUGGACGGAGAUGGCUGCUCUAAGAGAUGUCGUGUGGAACCACGCUUCAACUGUGUGGGUCAGCCGAGCCGUUGCUAUGUUUUUGAGGGUGAUGAUGUGCACGAGGACUUUGAGAGGACUUCCAGUGCUCCAGACUGUGGCGUCUUCACACCACAGGGCUUCGUGGACCAGUGGGCGUCCAGCGCCUCCGGGUCCCAUCAGGACCAGCGGUGUCCCGCACACACCGCCACGGGGGAGCCAGACCUCACUCGGUUGUGCAGGUCUCAGUACGUCGAGCUGAACGAUGCCCUGUUCGGAGCCGCGUGGGUGCCCUGUAGUGCCCCGUCAUCUGCCGGUGGCCCCCAGGAGCCUGUGUGGCUGAGGGUGGGAUUUGAGACCCCUGGAGUGGCAGUGGCUGUCCUCAUCUUCCUGACCCACGACGGGGGGCCGCACGUGGAGACCUGCAGAAAAAAGGUGUCUGUGCAGCUCUGUGACACGAUGGGAGAAAACCACACACUCGGUACCUAUGAGCUGUCAUGCCAUCGUAACCCCUUAGUGGUGAACGUGACCCAUAACCUGAGCCGACCUUUUUUCAAGACCGCCUGGGUGCAGCUGGGCUUCCUCUCGCCCCACGUGGCUGUGCUGGGCGUCGCCCUGCGCACAUUCUGCAAUUUCAGUGCCUUCGCCCUCACGGGCAUGGCCUCCUGCAGAGCAGUGAAUGUCGAUCAUGCGUCUGUUGACUGCAAACCCAGCCAGGAGCCCAUGCACUGCUCUGUCACCUGUCGCCGUGGAUACACACUCAGUGUGCUCAGUGGUCCGGCCAUUCGCCCUCGACAGAGCAAGACAGAGCUGGAGUGUGUGAAUGGGACCUGGGACCGUGUGGUCAGCUGUCAGCCAGUGGACUGUGGCCUUCCUGAUCAAUCUCAGGUCUUCUUUGCCAGCUUUUCCUGCCCCUGGGGCACAACGUUUGGCAAACGCUGUACCUUCACCUGCAAUGCCCCAGCCGUCCUGCAAGGCGAGAGUGAUGCUUUGGUGUGCCUUAAUGAUGGCCUCUGGUCCUUCCCGGAGGCAUACUGUAAGAUUGAGUGCCCGGGUCCGCCAGCUGUGCCCAAUGCCAGCCUCGUGAUGCCCCAGUGUGAGGGCAGCAGACAUGAUGUGGGGACUGUGUGUCGCUACAGAUGUAACCCAGGCUACUACGUCGCUGGAACCAUCAGCAAACGUACAAGGAAGAAGUUACUGAGGUUGGAGUGUUUAGAGGGAGGUGUGUGGCAGAAUGGCUCCUGCUCGCCAGUCUCCUGCCCUGCCUUGCCUCCUAUGUUCCAGGGCAUGUACACCUGCACCAACCACCUGGACUUUGACAGUGUGUGCACUCUCCAGUGCCCGGACCCUACAGAGAGGUCCACAAUCCGUUGCACCAAAGACGGGAGUUGGACUGAAGACUUCUCAAUGUGUGAGAAGAUUGAGGGGGCGUGUCCAACGCUUGGGGAGCUCAACCAGGUGGAACACACCUGUGACGAGGGCUCAGAUGUGGGUGCGGUCUGCUACCCAACAUGCACGGUGCCCUUGAGUGACCCUGUGGUGUUGGCCACUAACUCCACGGCUGAAACUCUCAAACACUGGGUCCUCCCAACCAGGGUUCAGAGCAUUGUGUGCACGGGCACAAUGAGGUGGCAUCCAAACCCGGAGAAUAUUCACUGCAUUCAGGCUUGCGAGCCAUUUGGAGGAGACGGUUGGUGUGACAGCAUCAAUAACAGAGCGUACUGCCAGUACGACGGAGGAGACUGCUGCCCGUCUACACUCCUCACUGGAAAGGUCAUCCAGUUUGGGGUGGACUGCGACGUGGAUGAGUGCACCUGCCGCGACCCAGAGGCUGAGGAGAACCGUGAGAACCGCGAGCGACACAGCGAGGUGCACUGAGCAGACAGCUCCAGUGUCCGGCCUCCAGCACGGGGAAUCCACGUGGCCAUAACCGCGAACCUCGAACAACAGAAGGCCCUGGGAAGCCCUGUUUAAACACUCAUCCACAAAAUAUUUACUAAUAUAUUCAGAAAGUCUAUAAUGUAGGUGUAGAUUUGACGUUUUAACAUUUAAUCUCACAAGCAUUCAUAUACACCAUAUGAACGAUUAGAACUCAAUGUUUAUUCCAUAUUGAUGAAAGGUUUUAUACAAAUGAUGUAUCAGUAGUGUUGUAGCUUGUAUCGUACUGUAAUCCUGGCCAACCCAAGAACAUUCCCAAGAACAUUCCCAAGCCUUAACCAACAGUGCAUGCCUGGAUGCUCCGAGACAAAUCAAGGCCACAUAUGUAUGAUGUCCUAUUCUUAAAUGACACUGUCUGUAAAAGUAUAACUUUACUGUCAUAUCAAUAAAAUUAGCAUAGCUUAAAACUUGGUCAUUUUCCUCCAGAUGGUGCAGAUGAAAGAAUAUUUAUUAUAAUGUGUUUGUUUGUUUGUUUGUUUGUUUAUGAUGUGGAGAUUAAUUAAAAAUGUUCGCUGUGGGCCUUAUGCAGUGGGACCAAACAAGUUUUCAAGCAGUUCCAGUCAGAAAGAUCCGUGUGGUCGUGUGAUCAUGCAGUCACUGAUGUAAUGGAAAACUGUUCCGGGCACCUUUACUCGGAAUAAAAAUAAUUAGAAACAUUAACAAGACAGUUUACGGUAAACACCUUUUUUUAAACAUACUUUAAAAAAAGCUCUGUACAGUUACUUCAGGUUCAAUACUACAUUCAGUACAUUAGGAAAUUCAGCCACUUCAGCAUUUAUGUUUGCUAUCUCUCAUCAGUUACAUAAUUCAUAAUAGCAUUUUUCCCUACCUAUGUGUACUAUAGACACAACAGAAGGAUACGUGUCCGUCAUCUACGUGUGUACGCUAGUGUGUCCGUCAUCUGCGGAAACACACACUACUAUGACUAAAAGCUUCUCUGAACCUCUAGUGGUUUGACCGCACAUACAUCCACGUUAAAACUCAGCAGUCUAACAAACGCCACAGGUGGAAAGAGCCCUGCUCACCGUGAACCGGAUCGCUUCGUGUUCAUGAGGGUCCGCUACCAGACACCUUCCUUCCCACCCUUAGCCCCCCCAAAAGGUUCCACUUCUGAAAUCAAAUACACUUUAAAGCCCCAUUUGCCCCCAAGCGUGGUAGAUGACGUGGACGUCACGCUGCAGGUGCUACGAGACUAACGACUCUAAUGAGAGAGGAGAGAUUCCUCGCUUGUCACGACGCAAACAAGCUUCCAAAAUCAGCAAACUGUGGCUGAAAAGCAUUUUGUUCGGUAAGGGACAUAAACAUAUCGUAUCGUGACGUGGAUAAUCUGGCUUCUCCGAAAUAAGAUUCCUUAGGAUUCCCAGUGGGCCAGCUUUCUGGACACAGAUGAGGAAAUGCUUUCUUCACGUCCCAACAAAAGGGACAUUCUGGACACUGCAUGUCAAAAUAUAGCUUCAUCUGUGUGUAUGUAUGUGUGUGUGUGUGUGUG